AUGGAAAUUGUUCCAUAGAUUGGUAGGAUCAUAAAAAAAUAAGAAUAUGAAAUGCAAAAAGUGGAUUUUGUAUAAUUAAUAUAAUUAUUAAAGUUAAUGAUGACCUCGACAUAAUCAUAAUUUAAUUUCAUAAGGAAACAGAUUCCAAAAGCUCCUAAUUCUCGAUAAUUCAGUAGAGAAAAGAGUUAACCAAUAUUGAAUCCUAUAACCCCAACUGUAUGAAUGAUGUUUAUACAUAAAAGGCGAAGUUUCGCAUUCAUCAUAAUAAUCAGUUUUUAAAUAGAGAGAAGAUGCAAAAAACUAGCAACAACUUUUUUAAUAACACGGCUGAAAGUACAAAAAUAACAAAAGCUUAGAAUUAAUCACUUCUUCGAAAACCAGAAGCUGAUUAUAAAUAAUUGAUAUUUGAUAAAGAGGAUUUAGAAGAAGAACAGCAAUUCUAAGUACUUUGCUAAACUUUGGAUAAAAUUUUGUGA